CCCCGCCCCUCGGGCCCGGGUCUGCGCGUUCCGCCCGCCGGCCGCGCGGCUGCGGCUCCUGCUCGGUGGGACGGCGGCGCGCUCGUCUGCUCCGCUCUCCCCGCUCCCAGCGUCGGCCCGGGCGCCUGCCGCCAGCAUGGACGCUCGCCGCGUGCUGCAAAGGGAUCGCCAAGUAAAGAACUUAAAGAAAUUCAGAUACGUGAAGCUGAUUUCCAUGGAAACCUCGUCAUCCUCUGAUGACAGUUGUGACAGCUUUGCUUCUGAUAAUUUUGCAAACACAAAACCUAAAUUCAGGUCAGAUAUCAGUGAAGAACUGGCAAAUGUUUUUUAUGAGGACUCUGAUAAUGAAUCUUUCUGCGGCUUUUCAGAAAGUGAGGUGCAAGAUGUGUUAGACCAUUGUGGAUUUUUACAGAAACCAAGGCCAGAUAUCACUAACGAACUGGCCAGUAUUUUGCAUGCCGACUCUGAUGAUGAAUCGUUUUGCGGUUUCUCAGAGAGUGAGAUACAAGAUGGAAUGAGGCUGCAGUCCGAGCACACUGGCUGUCGGACCCGCAGUCAGUGCCGGCGGGCCGGCCCACUCCGGGUGGCCAUGAAGUUUCCGGCUCGAAACACCAGGGGUGCAGCCAACCAAAGAGCAGCAACUCCCGAGCCCUCACAGAAUUCAGGGACCGAUUCUAAUUCUGAUUCAGAAGAUGAAAAUGGCAUGAAUUUUUUGGAGAAAAGGGCUUUAAAUAUAAAGCAAAACAAAGCAAUGCUUGCAAAACUAAUGUCAGAAUUAGAAAGCUUCCCUGGCUCAUUCCCUGGAAGGCGUUCCCUACCAGGCUCCCGUUCACAAUCAAAGAUACCCAGAGGGCGCACAUUCCCAGGUGGUGCUUCCAGGAGAAACCCUGACCGGAGAGCUCGACCUCUUACCAGGUCACGGUCCCGGGUGCUUGGGUCCCUUAGCGCCCUACCUGAAGAGGAGGAGGAAGAGGAGGAGGAAGAUAAGUUCAUGUUGGUGAGAAAGAGGAAGGCCGUGGAUGGCUGUGUGAACGAAGGUGACAUGCGCAGAAGUCGUCGCCCCGGAUCCAUGAGCCUCCCACAUGUAAUUCGCCCGGUGGGCGAAAUUACAGAGGAAGAGCUGGAGAACAUCUGCAACAACUCUAGAGAGAAGAUAUAUAACCGUUCAUUGGGAUCCACUUGUCAUCAGUGCCGCCAGAAAACAAUCGAUACCAAAACAAACUGCAGAAACCCAGAGUGCUGGGGUGUUCGAGGCCAGUUCUGUGGUCCCUGCCUUCGGAACCGUUACGGUGAAGAGGUCAAGGAUGCUCUGCUAGAUCCAAACUGGCAUUGCCCACCUUGUCGUAGAAUCUGUAACUGCAGUUUCUGUCGACAGCGAGAUGGGCGGUGUGCAACUGGGGUCCUUGUGUAUUUAGCCAAAUACCAUGGCUUUGGGAAUGUACAUGCUUACUUGAAAAGUCUAAAACAGGAAUUUGAAAUGCAAGCAUAGUAUUUGGAAGAUCCACUCCUGCAUUCCACUGUGCAAAUCUUGUUAAAGUUUUCAAUUUUGUCAUGUGAUCAGAGCCCAAGUUAAGAAUUUUGGUGAUCAGUCAGCUUUAUAGGAAACUCUAAUCAAGUUAAUCUCAUUAGGCACACAUGUUUCUGAGCAUCCUGAGGAGUAUUGCUAGCUAUACAGGCCCUCCUGCAGUUCUUCCUGCAUUUCCCCUAAUGCCUCACCCUGUUUCCAGUGGCUCUUUCCCACCAUUUAGUUUCUGAAUUCUUUUAAAAUGAUAAUUUUAUGAAAGCAUGUUUGACUUAAUUGAUGUUGAAAUAGCCUGGAAUCCACCCAUAAAACCAAGCACUUAGAAACACAGUACAAGUGUUAACUAACUUCAUCUGUCAAGUUCCAGAGACCAGCCCUCUAACUUGUUCACAUGAAAACAAUGGGAAUGAUUUAGUGUUCUUACUAGUUGAUAUUUUUUAAACACAAUCAAGGCACAAAAGUCUUAAAACCAUGUGGAAAAAUUAGGUUAUUGUUGGAAAGCAGAAUAUGUUACUUUGGGUGCCUCUGAUGAGAAUAUUCUGUGUAUUGUGCUUACUAUACCAGUUGUCACAGUUGAGAUUUAGUUGCUGUUGAUUUCUUUCACCAUGAGGCUAAAAGGUGCCUCUGGCUCACAUGGUCAGGACCCAAAGUUUUGUGUGCAGUGCUCUACUUGAAGUCAUUGUAGAAAAGAUGUCCUGGGGAAUUAGGAUGGUGAGGCUUCAGGAAUAAGCUGAUUUGAAUUCUUGGUAUACAACUUGAGUGUAAUUAUAGUUUUCCAAGUUUAUUUCAGUUCAUAUGGAAGGUAUUUCAAAUUCUUGUGCAUUUUGCAGGGAAAAUUGAUACUAAUAGUCUAUAAUUCGUUGCAGUUUUUGCUUUCUUAAAUAAGCUAGACACAGGGUUCAUGUUCAGGUUUUAAGCACUUUUAUAACAGUGAGAAGUGCCUUUUUGGAGAUGGGUGACUUUGAACAAUCGAUUAACGUCACAUCUCUACCAGUUUGAUUUCUGGGCAGAUUUCAUGGGUCUUCUCCCUCUCCCCCUUUGUUUGCAUUAAUCAAAUCAUUCGGUAGAGGUGGGAUCUAAGUGUGUUUGUCCAUUUCCUUUUCAUGAGCAGUCUGUUGCUGUGCUCAUUCGGUGUCUGCUGCAUAAUUGGACAUUGAACCAGUAAGUGUAAAUAGAGCUUUUGAUCUGUAAUGCUUUUAUACAAAGGUUUUUAUUUUAAUAAUAAAAUGUUUUAUUCUUG